AUGUCCACUGAACUAAAGUCAGGUCCUCUUCCGGCAGACGUCGAAGAGGUCAUCGCGAAUAUCAUGCGCGAAGAGGGUGUGAACUUUCUCACAAGUAAAAUUUUGCGUCUGCGCCUGGAGGCGAGGUACCGCAUGGAGUUCACCUCGCACAAGGCUGCCAUAGAGGGCAUCAUUACGAAGCUCAUGCAGCUUCCUGAGUUUAAGAAACAGCUGGAGAAUGCUGUCAAGGAGGAGAAGGCGGCAAGCAGUAUCGGUGGUAAGAAGAAGAAGCGCAGCGCCAGUGCUGCGGCUGACGAGAGGAAUGCGAAGGUGAACAAAAAGGAGAAGAAGCCAGAUGAUUACCCGAAGGCGGCGCUCUCGCCGUACAUUCUCUUUGGGAAUGACCACCGUGAUAAAGUUAAGGAACAGAACCCGGAAAUGAAAAAUACGGAGAUCUUGCAAAGUUUGGGCAAAAUGUGGGCCGAAGCCUCGGAUGCAGUCAAAGAAAAGUACAAGAAACUCGCAGAAGAUGACAAGAAAAGAUUCGAUCGUGAACUCAGCGAAUAUAAAAAGAGUGGUGGGACUGAAUACAAGCGCGGUGGCGGAAAGGUAAAGGCCAAGGAUGAAAAUGCUCCAAAGAGGUCCAUGUCUGCCUACUUCUUCUUUGUGAGCGAUUUCCGGAAGAAGCAUCCCGACCUCAGCGUCACGGAGACCUCCAAGGCAGCCGGCGCUGCGUGGAAAGAGCUCUCUGAUGAGAUGAAAAAGCCAUACGAGGCCAUGGCACAGAAGGACAAGGAGCGGUAUCAGAGAGAGAUGGCUGCAAGGGCGAGCUAG